UCCAGUACGCAUGCCCUCCCUGCGAGGCACUGCUGCUUCCAACAACAAGCAGAAGCCAGCAACAUGGCCGACCUGGGGAAGAAGUAUUGCGUGAACUGCCUAGCAGACGUUACAAAUCUGCGGCUUCGCUGUACCGAUUGCCAGGAUAUAGAACUUUGUCCGGAGUGUUUCUCUGCAGGCGCCGAAAUUGGUAAUCACCGCCGAUGGCACGGCUACCAGUUAGUAGAUGGCGGGCACUUUACCCUGUGGGGUCCCGAAGCGGAGGGAGGAUGGACGAGCAGGGAAGAGCAGUCGCUACUCGAUGCGAUCGAACAGUAUGGCUUUGGAAACUGGGAGGAUAUGACUGCCCCAGGCAGGACCCCUCAGGAGGCCAUGGACCACUAUGUCACCAUGUACAUUCAUGGCAACCUGGGGAAGGCUUGCAUACCUGACAACAUCCCCAACCGUGUGACUGACCACACCUGCCCAAGCGGGGGUCCGCUGUCCCCAAGCCUAACCACCCCACUGCCCCCGUUGGACAUCUCUGUUGCUGAGCAGCAGCAGCUGGGCUACAUGCCGCUGCGGGACGACUACGAGAUCGAGUACGACCAGGAGGCGGAGAAGCUGAUCAGCGGCCUGUCGGUCAACUACGACGACGAGGACGUGGAGAUUGAGAUGAAGCGGGCGCACGUGGACAUGUACGUGCGCCGGCUCCGUGAGCGACAGCGCCGCAAGAACAUUGCCCGCGACUACAACCUGGUGCCCUCCUUUCUGGGCCGGGACAAGCGGGACAAGGAGCGGGACGGGCGCCCUGGCUCGGGGUUGGCAGGCAUCGGGGUCGGGGGAGUAGGAGGAGCAGUGGGGGUGGUAGGGGGACUUGGGGGCGUUCCCACGGGAGCCGGGGGUGCUUCCGCGGGCACAGUGGUUCCAUCGGCGGCUGUAGCGCCCAAGCGGAAGAUCACCAAGGAGGAGAAGGAGCAGCGGGUAAAGCUUCGUCCGCUCUGCCAGCUGAUGGCGCACCGCGAGUUCGAGGAGUUCUUCGAGAACCUGCACAAGGAGCGCGUUCUGCGCGCCAAGGUGCGCGAGCUGCAGCGCUACCGCCGCAACGGCAUCACGCGCCUCGACGAGUCGGCCGAGUACGAGGCCGCCCGGCACAAGCGCGAGAAGCGCAAGGAGAACAAGAGCGUGGCCAAGCGCGGUAGCAGCGGCGGAGGAGGGGGUGGCCAGGGAGGGGGUGGGGGAGGCGGCGGCGGAGGCGGUGGUGGGGGGGGAGGAGGCGGAACGUGCCCCGGAGCGGGUGGCAUCAAGGAGGAGGCCAAGGACGGCGAGUUCUCGGCCAUCGAGAACCUGUCAGGCUUCGAAUUGCUGUCUGACCGCGAGAAAGUGCUCUGCAACUCGCUCAACCUCACCCCAGGGCGCUACCUGACUGUCAAAACUAUCAUCAUCAAGGACCACCUGCAGAAGAGGCAGGGGAUCCCUUCCAAGAGCCGCCUGCCCAGCUACCUGGACAAAGUGCUGAAAAAGCGCAUCCUGAGCUUCCUUACGGAAAGUGGCUGGAUAUCCCGAGAUGCAUCCUAGCCUGGAAUAUGGACAGGUGUUUUCCCCCCCCUUUUUUUCCCUCAUUUUCUCAUGUCUCAUUAUGUUUGAGAUGGGGCCAAAUUGCUGGACACUACAUGCAGUCCUUCUUGAAAUGUCCAUGUAUUAACUGAUGUACAGUCAAGAAACAGAAACGAUACUCCUUGUUUUUUAGAAAAAAAGAAAGAAAAAAAUCAUCCCAGUCCUGACCUGAAAGGAACAAAUAUGCCUAUAUAUUUUAUACUAAACAGCAGAGUGAGACUUUACAAAGAGAAGAAAAGGUUAGCCUAUAUUUCUAUACAGAAUUCCCUUCUACAUUCAUUUUGCCAAGGAAUCUCACAUACUAAUUAAGGUUUAUAAGCAUUUGGCUGUGGAAGUACUUUUUUCCUCAUUCUUAUGGUGAAGUAAGGGGGGGGAGGUCAACCACAAGAUAUGGCAGCUAACCUUGUCAGGCUGCACUGCUAAAAGGUGCCAUUUUGUCUCCACCAUUGAAUAUCAAUUGCUUUGUGUUGUGGAAAACAAAAACAAACAAACAAACAAAAAAACAACAAUUUUGUUCAUCUCCCUCUCAGGUCUCCAUCAUAGUUCUGAUCAAAUCGACAGCUAUGCUGAUGCCUGCGUUGCCUCUUGAGGCUUCAAAGAAGCACAAGGUUCUCUUCUUUUGCCACAGUGUGCAUGUUCUUUCUUUGCUCUUCCAGUCUCACAGCUUGUCCGUUGACUCCGAAGUGAGGGGAGCUGGGAUGUUUGAGAUUUCUUUGCCCGUCGUGUUGGAUGUGGUGGGCUGAACGUGUUCUUUUUUACUGGUGUGUUGGAGGCGCAUAUGGUUUAAGUGCUGUGUUGCAAUUUCUCGUGAAAAAAAAAGAAGACAUGAGCAUGUUUACUCUUUCCUGCUGAUGCUCAGUUGAUGUCGUUUUUUUAUUUUAUGUUCCUUGUGUGAACUGUUGUCGGUCGGGCGCGCGCUUGGUCUAGCUGGCUUUAUUAACAUUGUUAAAUCACUGUUAUGGACGCAUUGAUAAUAUCUUUUGUCAAGGGAGAACUGUCCAGAAGAGGAGAUAAAAGGUCCCGCCACUGUGACGAGUGCUGUGAGCGACAUGGCAGUCUUUGCCAGAAAUGAAAGACUAGAUGUAUGGUUCAGAUCACGUUAGGUUAUGGUGCAGAGAGGUGCUUAGAAUGCAUCAAUCAGUGUAUAUGGUUUGUGUGUACAAACUGAAAACAGUGUUGCAGUGAAAACUAGUGAGAAUAAGUAUGCAUGUCCUUCCUGAAAGCCUUGUAAAAAAGAAACCUUUACCCCCUUUGCUAAUAUAUUUUUGCUAUUUCCAAUAGAGGCACCAUUUAGAUUAAACAUAUUUUUGUCCCAGUGUGCAUAAUUGUGUGUCUGUGUAUGGAAUAUGGACUACUGCUAUGUUAGGGACUCCUCUCAAACAUUGUGGCCCACAUAGAGAAUAUGAAGCACUACUAUAAGAAUUACAAAACCGAGUAAAAACAUUUAUAAAACAGAGAAGUGAAGGAGAUAGAAAUGGGACAGAUAAAAUGGAUGAAGAAUGCCUCAGCAUUCCACUUUGUGUCGGGCAGAUUUUAUGCCUGAAAAGUAUUUAAAAAUAUGGCCUAUUUUCUGUGCUGACAGUCUUCAAAGAAGAAAAGGAAUAUCCUUGACACCCAAGAUCACAGUCAAAGCUUUGUAGCUUUAGUUGGUGAGGAGGUACAGCCAAAGCAUCAACCUGAAAUCUAAAUCAAGUUCCUGUUUGGGGGGGGGGGGGGGGGUCCUCCCCUCUCUCUCUCUCCCAAAGGCAGAACACAAGCCCUUUCUGCCUCCUACUCCUUGUCGCACUAUCAAAAUAUUUUCCCUCACAUAACGCCAGCAUUUUUUUUUUUUUCUUUCUCAAGUGCUGUUCAGAGAUCAAAGGAAGGGGUGUUGUUUAUUGUAUCGACAAUUUAAAGAGAGAAAUCUAGUCACUUGCUUUUUUCUCCUUUACAGUCUUCUGCUGUCAGGCGCUCUUUGUAUGCCUUGUUUGGUGUGGCUGACUCGACCCCAUUUAAAUGUAAAUAGCAAAUUGACUAGCGAUGGUGUGCCAGGGACACAGAUGAAUACAAACGAGAUUUUGGGGUGCAGGGGAGUGGUUUCAAACUGUCGUCCUCUCAUCACUUCCAUAAGUAAUAUUGCUGGGCAAACUACUUGUCUCUCUCUCUUCCCUUCGUGUCAGCCAUGUCAUGUUUGUGAUGGAGGCUUUCUGAAAGACAAAAAGGGCCUUUCUCUUCAUUUGCUCUUUGCUGGUGUGCUGGCUCCCAUAUCUUAACCACAAGCACUGGAGGAACCUUGACCAGUCCAAUUACUCCUGACAAAAAUGAAACUGUUAUUCAUUAAAAAGACAACAUGUUGUCAAGCAGGAUGUCACAUUACUGCUAUCGACUCGGUGCUUCCAGAUUGAAUAUGGUCACAUCUCUGUAGAGUGGAAAACUGACCAAAUCAGGUACCUUUAUUAAUCAAGACUUUGUGUGGAGACCUUCGGUAACCAUAAUCCUGUUCAAAAUGUCUAUAGUUGUGUGUUGUCAAUAUCAUGCCAAACUUUUCAGAGCUGAUCUUACGUUUAGUGUGUUGGAAUCUAGAGUAGCUAAACAUGAUCAAAGUUGCUUUGAAAAUGCUUCAAACCAAACAUAUCCUAUCUUUGUCUUGUAGGCAUUUACCAGGUCUUUUUUUUUUUUACAGCAGUUACAAGGCCAGAUGCAGAAAUAGGAAAUGCAAAUUAUUAGCAAAAUUUCCUCUGUUCUACAAUCCUGUCUUUUACAUUGGGUAUACAAUUGUACAUUUUAUUUCAGUGGGACGUAUUGUGAAGUAUCUGAGUGAAUGUAAAUAAUGUUUUGGAACUGAAAUGUUUGAGAAAGAAAUGGGAUAUUCAAAACAAUGACCUGUGAAAUGUAAAGUAUUUUAUUUCAAGAGCGGUUUUUAUAACUUUUGUAAGGAAAAAAAACUGAGAGCGAUGUACGCAUUUACAAAGUUGCUUUUUUUCUGUAUGUUGUCCUAGCAUGCAGUUGAGUUGUUUUUAUGUACCUGUAGUAUGCUCAGCAGUGGUAGGCAGGUUUAGUGGUUGAGACCGUUAUGUGGGCUGGUUCUCUGCCCUGCAUUUUGUGAUUGCACAUUGCAAUUUGUUUGCGUCAACCUCUUGUUUUGUAUUAAAGUGCACAUACUUUAUUCUGA